AUGGGUAUCCCGAUCGGUAAACUUGCGCUUUACGUGGCACUCGGUGGUGUUCGUCCUGAAUGGAUUGGACCGAAAAUGUUCCUGAUUCAAUAUGAGGACUUUGGUAAUUUGAACGCAUAUCGUUUGCUGGACAAAUAUAAGCACGUGUACAACAUGUUCAACGAUGACAUACAAGGACGUGCUGGCGUCAGUGUGGUCUGUGACGACAAGAGUACGAAGAUGAAGCUAUGCGAGUAUACAAUAUUAUUCUUUGGUGCUGGAGGAGCUGCCACUGGUGUUGCGGAAAUGUGCGUGAGGGAAAUGGUUGAGGAAGGCCUUACCGUGGAAGAAGCAUGUGCGAAAAUCUACAUGAUAGAUAUCGACGGUCUCAUCACGAAAAGUCGCAUGUCUAAACUAACACCGCGACAUUAUCCAUUCGCAAAAGUGCCUCGACCAAAGGUGGCGCAUUUACUGAAGAAGUCAUAA